AUGCCUAAGAAUCCCCACUUUACGCCUGUGAAACUGGUUCUCAUCCCCGCUGCCUUACUCGCCAUCUCCGUCCCGGUUGUCUUUGUGGUCGUCUCAGCCCUCAAAGGAGACUAUGAAUGGACAUCCAAGCUUGUACUCUCGACCGUUAAGAAUAUUACUGAGCUUUCUGCGCAGUUGAGCGACGCACUGGACGACACAAGCGCCGGACUUGGACUCCCUGCAAGUAGCCUGCUGGUUAGUCAGCACACACACACUGUUCUUCGGGGUAUCAGUGUGCUUACUACUCAAGGGAUUCCGCAGGAGAACGCGGCUAGAGUGCAGGAGCUGGUGUACACGACGUCGUCUGCCGCUGACAAGAUCAAUAUGGUAUUCCCUGCUUGUUAUUGA